AUGCCACCCCGAAAAAGAAGUGCGCCUACCCUCGAUGCUUCAGAAGAAGCUGUGCCCAAGCGAAGAUCUCUUCGGCAAGCAGCCAAGGGAAAUCACGAGCCUGAAGCGCCUCCCCCAGCCAAAGCGAGUCCGCCAAAGAAAACUGCCAAAGCAACCAAUGUGAAGAAGCAAGAGAAGCCCAAAGCACCCGCGAAGCCAGCGAAAACCGAAGAGUCAGACGCGCCAAAAGUGAAGAAGCCAGCCAAGAAACAGGAGCCUGCUCAGUCCAGCUCUCGUGGUGCAUCUGAAGAUCCUGACAUCGACUCCAUCCCAACGAUAAACCCUGAUGCCCCGAAGCACGACGGGCAGUGGUACUGGCUCAUGAAAGCAGAGCCUGAGACUCGAAUUGAGAAUGGUGUUGAUGUCAAGUUUUCCAUCGAUGACUUGAAGGCCAAGACGGAGCCUGAGGGAUGGGAUGGCAUCCGCGCAUACGCAGCUCGGAACAACAUGAGAAACAUGAACGCUGGCGACCUCGCCUUCUUCUACGCCAGCAACUGCAAAGAACCCGGCAUCGUAGGCGUAAUGGAAAUCGUCAAAGAAUUCUCCCAAGACAGAUCCGCUCGUCGACCAGGCGCACCGUACUACGAUCCAAAAUCCACCAAAGAGAAACCCAUCUGGGACCUGGUCCACGUCGAGUUCAGAAAGAAGUUUGCGGUACCUAUUGGUCUAAAAGAACUUCGUGAACUUGGGAAGUCUGGUGGUCCUCUUGAGAUGAUGCAGUUGCUCAAACAGUCGAGGCUGAGUGUGAGUAAAGUCAGUAGUGAGGAGUGGAAGUUUCUGUGUGAUCUUGCGGAUAAGAAGGCCAAGGAUGCUGGGCUGAAGCAUGAUGAGGGGGAGGAGUGA